AUGACAAUAUAUCAAUUUUUGCUACUGUUUCUACUCUGGGUAUGCCUGCCACAUUUCUGUUCGCCAGAGAUCACGUUCAGAAGGACUCCUGUGCCCCAGCAAAGACUUUUAGCUGCACAUGUACCUAGGAGUGAUGGCAAACUUCUGCAUCGUCAAAAACGUGGCUGGAUGUGGAAUCAGUUUUUCUUACUGGAGGAAUACACGGGAUCUGACUAUCAGUAUGUGGGCAAGCUUCAUUCAGACCAAGAUAAAGGAGAUGGAUCACUCAAAUAUAUUUUAUCUGGAGAUGGAGCUGGGACUCUUUUUAUUAUUGAUGAAAAAACAGGUGACAUUCAUGCCACAAGAAGAAUUGAUAGGGAAGAAAAGGCCUUUUAUACUCUACGUGCACAAGCUAUUAACAGAAGAACUUUGAGACCAGUAGAACCAGAGUCUGAGUUUGUGAUCAAAAUCCACGAUAUCAAUGACAAUGAGCCAACAUUCCCAGAGGAAAUUUAUACAGCUAGUGUUCCUGAAAUGUCCGUUGUAGGUACUUCUGUGGUGCAAGUCACAGCUACUGAUGCCGAUGACCCUUCCUAUGGGAACAGCGCCAGAGUCAUUUACAGCAUCCUUCAAGGGCAGCCGUAUUUCUCUGUGGAGCCCGAAACAGGUAUCAUCAGGACUGCUUUACCAAACAUGAACAGAGAAAACAGGGAGCAAUACCAAGUGGUGAUCCAGGCCAAAGAUAUGGGCGGCCAGAUGGGAGGCUUGUCGGGCACCACCACUGUGAACAUCACGCUGACAGACGUCAAUGACAACCCCCCUCGCUUCCCCCAGAACACCAUCCAUCUUCGAGUUCUUGAAUCAUCCCCAGUUGGCACAGCCAUUGGAAGUGUAAAAGCAACUGAUGCUGACACUGGGAAAAAUGCUGAAGUAGAAUACCGAAUUAUUGAUGGUGAUGGAACUGAUAUGUUUGACAUCAUAACUGACAAGGACACACAGGAAGGCAUCAUAACUGUGAAAAAGCCACUUGACUAUGAGAGCCGAAGACUUUACACCCUGAAGGUUGAAGCAGAAAAUACCCACGUGGAUCCACGUUUUUAUUACCUAGGACCAUUUAAAGAUACAACAAUUGUGAAAAUCUCUAUAGAAGAUGUGGAUGAACCUCCUGUUUUUAGCAGAUCCUCCUAUCUGUUUGAGGUUCAUGAAGAUAUUGAAGUGGGCACAAUCAUUGGUACUGUAAUGGCCAGGGACCCAGAUUCUACUUCAAGCCCCAUUAGAUUUUCCUUGGAUCGCCAUACUGACCUUGACAGGAUCUUUAACAUACAUUCUGGAAAUGGAUCUCUUUAUACAUCAAAGCCACUUGACCGUGAACUAUCUCAAUGGCACAAUCUUACUGUUAUAGCUGCUGAGAUUAACAAUCCCAAAGAGAUGACUCGUGUGGCUGUUUUUGUGAGAAUUUUGGAUGUUAAUGACAAUGCCCCACAAUUCGCUGUGUUCUAUGACACCUUUGUAUGUGAAAAUGCCAGACCAGGACAGCUAAUACAAACUAUAAGUGCAGUAGACAAAGAUGACCCCUUAGGUGGACAGAAAUUUUUCUUCAGUUUAGCUGCUGUCAAUCCAAACUUCACAGUACAGGAUAACGAAGAUAAUACUGCCAGAAUUUUAACCAGAAAAAAUGGAUUCAAUAGACAUGAAAUAAGUACCUAUCUCUUGCCUGUGGUGAUAUCAGACAACGAUUACCCAAUUCAGAGCAGCACAGGGACACUGACCAUCCGCGUGUGCGCGUGCGACAGCCAAGGCAAUAUGCAGUCCUGCAGUGCUGAGGCCCUGCUCCUCCCGGCCGGCCUCAGCACGGGAGCCUUGAUCGCCAUUCUCCUCUGCAUCAUUAUUCUGUUGGUUAUAGUAGUACUGUUUGCAGCUCUGAAAAGACAGCGAAAAAAAGAGCCUCUGAUCUUGUCUAAAGAGGACAUCAGAGACAAUAUUGUGAGCUAUAACGAUGAAGGUGGUGGAGAGGAGGACACUCAGGCCUUUGAUAUCGGCACCCUGAGGAAUCCUGCAGCGAUCGAGGAGAAAAAGCUCCGGCGAGAUAUUAUGCCGGAAACUUUAUUUAUACCACGGAGGACUCCCACGGCGCCGGAUAACACGGAUGUCCGGGAUUUCAUUAACGAAAGGCUAAAAGAGCACGAUCUGGAUCCCACCGCACCCCCCUACGACUCCCUUGCAACCUAUGCCUACGAAGGAAAUGAUUCCAUCGCAGAAUCUCUGAGUUCCUUGGAAUCAGGUACCACUGACGGAGACCAAAACUACGAUUACCUCCGAGAAUGGGGCCCUCGGUUUAAUAAGCUGGCAGAAAUGUAUGGUGGCGCAGAAAGUGACAAAGACUCUUAA